GAGAGAGUCGAGAGCGAAGGCACACCACCGUUUCGCGUCGACGUCCACAAGGAUCUGCUUUGCUGGUUCUCAUCCUACUACGAUGCCGCCCUGUAUGGUCAGUUUGCUGAAGCCAACACAACCUCUUUCACGCUGGACCUAGACGGCGAGGCUGCUCGUCUAUUUGUUGUGUGGCUCUACUCUGGCCGAAUCAUCACUUUGGAGGAAGAUACAACCUUCCCGUUGUACAUCUUUGCCGACAAACACGAUUUACUCGCACUUCGACGUUCCAUCAUC